UGUCUAUUAUAUCAGAUAAUAAUUUUAAUAUUAAAAAAUACAGCAAUUCUUCAAGUAAUCCAGAAUAAAUCCCAGAAAGCUAUGGACACUACCUGAACUUGCUAGAAGACCUGCCCUUUCGAUAGGCCACUAUUUCUGCUAGAAGUUUUUACAGUUGUAUACAAAUAAGGAAGAUUCUUAUAGUUAUAUAUAAAUAAAAGAAAACUUAUUUUAGUAACAUUCAAUAAGUUCUAAAAUAUUCUUAAAUUUUUUUUGCACUAUUUAUUAUAAUUCUAAAAGCUAUGUAGCUUGAAUUUAACUUUACUGUGUUGAAUGGCUGUUAACAGUUCUAUUCUAUUAAACACUUAUAUUUUAGAUCAUUGUUUUAUUUUGCAUAAAUAAAGCAAGAAGAAUUUGAAGAGCAUUUCAAAUUAAAAUGACUAAUAUUUUGCAGAGCAAAAUUAAAUAAAUUAAGAAAGUGCCAUUACCAUGAAUAUUGUUAAAAAAAAAGUUUUUUCUGACACUGAAGAAAGUCAAUCUUUAAUACCAAACUAUAUCAAGGUUCAUGAAGCAAAAGUUGGGUGUCACCAAAAUUGCAGGGAUUGUUCAAAUGUUUUUAAAGCAUUUAUUGGUUCAGCUAUGAUUGGUAUGCCAUUUGCUGUUAAUCAAGCUGGAAUAGCUCUCUCACUUAUUGGUAUUUUUGUGAUUGCUGUAGCUACUGAUCAUUGCUGCAAUUUAAUUGUUCAAUGCAAACAAAUUGUUAUUAAAAAGAAGAUUAAAGAACUAAAUCCAUCGUCUUCUCGAUUGUCUUUUCAAGAAGAAGAAAAAAUUCUUAAUGAUACAAUUUCUUAUGGGAGUAUUGCUAAAUCUUGUCUUGGUGUGCCUGGAGUUUUAGCGGUCAAUAUUUCUGUUUUAACUACACAGUUUGGGUUUUCAAUUGGAUAUUUUAUUUUCUUGGGUAACACUUUACGUUCCAUAUUAAAACGCUACAUAUCAACAAAUAAUUCUCUUAACAAAACAUUGGCUGACCCAAGAAAUUUUUCACUAUUCCUAAGUGAUUCAAACAAGGAAAAAGCUAAUUUUGUUUUUCAGCCUAUGCAUUUUUAUAAAAAAAGGUUUGGUUUAUUAGAUUUAACCACUGACUCGAAAGCUUCGUUUGCAAUCUUACUAGUUAUUCCUGUAGUUUUUUUAAUAUUAGUUUCAUUCAUCCGAAGUCUGAGAAAGCUGGAACCAAUCAGUUUGCUGGCUAAUUUGUCACUAAUCAUUGCUUUUGUUGCAACUGCAAGUUAUUUGUUGGCUUCACUUAAUCAUAUCAGUUCAGAUAUUAAAUAUUUCAAACUGUCAACGUUUCCGAUUUUUUUUGGUCAAUUAACAGGGGCAUUUGAAGGCAUUGGAACUGUUAUACCAAUAGAGGGAAGCAUGGGAAAUAAUCGCGUUCGUUACCCAAAGUUUUUACACUGCUCACUUUUCAGUGUUUCUGUAAUAUUAGCUUCUUUUGGAAUUAUUGGGUAUAUAUCAUUUGGUGAUAAAACUUGUCAAAUUGCAACAGCCAACUUGAAUGGAUCAAUGGCCACUAUUCUUCAAAUACUAUUAUUUUUUGGUGUUUUAUUAACAUAUCCUUUGCAAAUUUAUCCUUGCAUAGAAAUCACAGAAGCAUUGCUUAUUAAAUACCGCAAAUGGCACUACCGACCUUUUCAAUCUAAUAGAGGAAAUCAAGUUAGCUAUGAAAAAGACUUACAUGCUAAAGAAUGUGUAUUGAUAUGGGAAGGAAAUCUUAUUCGCAUAGCUUUAGUUUCACUGACAGCAAUUAUAGGACUUAUAUUUCGGGAGCAGUUUGCUUACAUUGCAGCCUUUAACGGAGCAGUUGGUAGUUCUUUGUUGGUUUAUAUUCUACCACCAAUUAUUCAUAUCUCACUAAAACGAAAAGAACUGAAAAAAACAACUCUUUUUAAAGAUAUUUUAUUAAUCUUGUUUGGAUUAGUAAGCGGUAUUAUUGGAUUAGUAGUAGCAGUUAGGGAAAUAGUUAUAUCAUUUGAAAGCAGUGGCCCUACUCAUUGUUGAUUAAUUAUUAUUAUUAUUAUUGCGUCUUUUUCUUUGUUUCUUUUGAAUAUUCUCUUUUUAUUUUUGUAAUAUUUUUUUAAAAUAAUGUUAUUAAGAUUUUGAAAUUUAGUAAAAUCAUUUGUAA